UCCGUCUUCAUUUAUUGGAGUUAUCGUGCCGUAUCUCGAGUACUCGUACAGUACAGUAUCCCUUAUCGCCCUACCUUUAAGCCUCACUUCCUCCCUCUCUCCCUCUUUAGGGAACUAAAGAGCCUCAUACAAACGUUUGUCGCCUGAUCGUACGCCUUUUAUUUGAACCUUUUUUCCUGGGGAAUAAAAUAAAUCAUGGCUUCCAAGGGCGUCGUGAAGCCGGUGGCUUUACCAACCCCGAUAUCUGCCUCGUCGGGGGGUAAAGCUACCUCUUCUGUUGUUGGUAAGGGUGGUGGGGCCGGGGGUGGGAGUGCGGAGAGUGAGGCUUCGGAAGAAGCUUCUGGAGCUAAGGAUAAGUUGGAAUUGAAACCUAAUCAGCUAUUGAAGAGUCAGAGUCCUUAUGUUCGUGGACAUGCGUAUAAUCCAGUUCGGUGGCAGCUGUGGAAUGAGGAGACGCUGGAGCUUGCGAAGAAGAAUAACAGGAUUGUGUUUGUUAGUAUUGGGUAUGCGGCUUGUCAUUGUGAGUACACGAUCGUUAUGGAACGUGAGAGCUUUGAAAACGAAGAGAUCGCUAGGAUUUUGAACGAGAACUUUAUCCCCAUAAAGAUCGACAGAGAGGAGAGGCCGGAUAUCGACCGUAUCUAUAUGAACUUUGUACAAGCAACGACAGGAUCAGGUGGUUGGCCGCUCAAUGUCUUCCUCACCCCAGAUCUCCAACCGGUGUUCGGUGGGACUUAUUGGCCAGGCCCAAGUGCGGUCGGCGGGAUGAAAGAUCAGCUUGGGUUUCUGGAAGUGCUUAGGAAGAUUGCAAACGUAUGGAAGGAACAACACGAACGAUGCGUAGCAUCUGCAUCCGAUAUCCUGAACCAAUUGAAAGAAUUCACAGACGAAGGGCUUAAAGGAACGGGGGGUGAGCCGGGCGAUGGGUUAGAGUUGGACUUGCUUGAGGAAGCCUACCAGCACUUUAUGGCUCGCUAUGACCCGCUGUAUGGUGGGUUUGGAAACGCGCCCAAGUUCCCUACUCCUGUUAACCUGGCCUUCUUGUUGCGUCUGGGAACCUUCCCUGCGACUGUUCAAGAUAUUGUGGGCGAAAUGGAAUGUGAGAAUGCAAAGUCGAUGGUCAUUGAUACGCUUCAAGGCAUGGCGAAAGGUGGAAUACAUGAUCAUAUAGGCCACGGGUUUUCUCGGUACUCAGUUACUGCAAAUUGGAACUUGCCCCACUUUGAGAAAAUGCUCUACGACCAGGCGCAGCUUCUCAGCAUUUAUAUCGAUGCUUGGCUGGUAACAAAGUCGCCGGCAAUGCUCGAGGCGGCGAAUGAUAUCGCAGAGUAUAUGUGUUUGGAUGCGUUAAAGAGCCCGGAUGGUGCUUUCUAUUCGUCAGAGGAUGCGGACUCACUUUAUAGAAAGGCGGAUACUGAGAAACGAGAAGGGGCAUUUUAUGUCUGGACAAGAAAAGAAUUUGAUGUUAUGCUUGGAGAACAGGAUGCGUCGAUUUGCGCCAGGUAUUGGAAUGUGCACAGAGACGGCAAUGUAGAUCCAGCCAAUGACCCACACGACGAAUUUAUUGCACAGAAUGUGCUAUCUGUCGCUUCAACGCCCGAGAAGUUGAGCAAAAUGUAUGGCAUGAGUGCUGAGAGAAUCACCAACAUUAUCAGUUCUGCUCGCCAAAAGCUCCUUCAGCAUCGUUUGAAGGAAAGACCUCGACCAAACCUCGAUGACAAGAUUGUUACUACUCAAUUGUAUAAAAAGAAUGCAGAGGAGGCAAUAUCUUUUAUCCGGAAGAAUUUGUAUGAUGAGAAGACAGGAAUUUUGAAGAGAGUUUAUAGGGAUGGUCCAGGGGAAGCUGACGGGUUUGCUGAUGAUUACGCAUUCUUGAUAUCCGGUUUGCUGUGCAUGUAUGAGGCGACAUUCGAUGUGGAGUAUUUGCAAUGGGCGGAUGCCUUGCAGCAGAAGCAGAUCGAUGCCUUCUGGGAUGCGGAGAAUGGGGGAUUCUUUUCAACCUCUGAAGGGGCAUCCGACUUGAUCUUGAGGUUGAAAGACGGUCUUGACUCACAAGAACCCUCAACAAACGGAGUAUCCGCAAACAACUUGUUCCGACUGGGAACCCUACUCGGCGAUCCAAAAUUAGAGGAAUACGCCCAGCAAACAUGCUCCGCAUUUUCAACCGAAUUACUCCAACAUCCGUUCUUGUUUUCCUCUCUCAUGCCCGCCAUUGUGGCGUCAAACUUGGGGAUGCGCUCAGUCGUACUUGCUGGGGACCCUAAGGACCCCACUAUAGAAAAACACCUCAAGAGACUUCGGUCAAAGCUUCUCACUAACACUACGCUUGUGCAGCUCGAUCCGGCCAGGGGGGACUCGUUGGAUUGGUUGCUGAGCAGAAAUAAGCUCCACAAGGAACUGUUAAAUGUUGCCGCCAAAGGCAGCGGAAAACCAGUUGUUCAAGUAUGCGAGGGGACGAAAUGCCUGGAUGCCUUUGACAUGGGUGAUAUUGAGAGUGUGCUUGAGGAAUUGGGUUAAACUUAUUACUUUUUUAACUUUUUUUUAUUCACCUUCACCACCUAUAUCUUCUGCUUCAACAAGGGCAGUCCCUUGCUAAAUUCCCUAAAUUAUGGUUGAAACGCUUAAUGCUUUACUCUUAUCGCUUGUUUGCGGGGCCUUUUCUUUUUUUUCUCUCCUAUCUUGUUCCGGCUUCUUGUUGGGUUAGUGAAAUGGUGUUAGGGUAGGGGAGGGGUAGGAGCCACUCUUAUGGCGCUUGAGUUCAUUUACAAUAUCUACCAAUUCAUGAUGUGAGAUGAUGGGCUGGUGCUCCAAGUAUUGUGGGUUAGGCUAGUUUACUGCGUAAUUGAAGCAAUCCAUUUUCAUUGGAA